GUUGUUCCUCGGCCGAAUCUCUGCGAUCGAGAGAACAGCCUCUGAGACAGAGAGUAAUCAUGGAAGCUCUAAUUGCCGUCCCCAAACAACGCUUUCCCUGCACUCCACGUGGGCGGAAUCUCACUCGCCGCCUCCGACCUCCCAGGCCCUCUCUCACAUUCCGGCAACAAACCUUCUCAGCCGUGGCAGCUCCGGCGCGCCAACAGGUCACGCACUCAAUGCCACCGGAAAAGGUGGAAGUGUUCAAGUCACUGGAAGGGUGGGCCUCCGAGUGGGUCCUACCGCUUCUGAAGCCCGUGGAGCAGUUGUGGCAGCCGCAGGACUUCCUGCCGGACCCCGCGCAGCCGUUCGACGCGUUUUCUGAGCAGGUGAGGGAGCUACGUGAUCGGACGGCGGAGCUUCCGGACGAGUACUUCGUGGUGUUAGUGGGAGAUAUGAUAACGGAGGACGCCUUGCCGACGUAUCAGACGAUGAUCAAUACGCUUGAUGGGGUGAGAGAUGAGACGGGCGCGAGUGCGAGCCCCUGGGCCAAGUGGACCCGGUCAUGGACGGCGGAGGAGAAUCGCCACGGGGAUCUGCUGAGAACCUAUCUCUAUCUUUCUGGUCGGGUUGAUAUGCGUAUGAUUGAGAGGACGGUGCAGUACCUGAUCAGCGCCGGAAUGGAUCCGGGAACAGAAAACAACCCAUACUUGGGAUUCGUCUACACGUCCUUCCAAGAGCGAGCCACUUUCGUAUCUCACGGCAACACCGCACGCCUGGCCAAGGACGGCGGCGAUCCAGUCCUCGCCCGGAUCUGCGGCACCAUCGCCGCCGACGAGAGGCGCCACGAGAACGCCUACUCCAGAAUCGUCGAGAAGCUCCUAGAAGUGGAUCCCACUGGCGCCAUGCUCGCCAUCGCCGACAUGAUGCGCAAGAAGAUCACCAUGCCCGCCCACCUAAUGUACGACGGCUGUGACCCCCGCCUCUUCGAACAUUUCUCCGCCGUGGCUCAGCGCCUCGGGGUCUACACGGCCGACGACUACGCUGAUAUACUGGAGUUCCUGAUCGGACGGUGGAAGCUGGAGAAGCUGGAGGGCUUGACGGGGGAGGGAAGGCGUGCGCAGGACUUCGUGUGUGGAUUAGCGCCCAGGAUCAGAAAGCUGCAGGAGCGAGCCGAUGAGCGAGCCAGGAAGAUGGGUCCGCAAGGCGCCAGGUUCAGCUGGAUCUUCAAUAAAGAGGUGGCUUUGUAGAUGAGUGAGGUGCAGGCAGCAGAGAGAGGAUGGUGAGUGGUGUUGGAUGGUGGAGCCGUGGAGGUGGUGAGGAGAGAGGCUUGAGUUAUCCUCUUUCUGGUUUUCUUGUGUUUUGGACACUUUUGGACUUUUCUUAUUCAACCCCUGCAUAUAGUAAUGUAGUACAACCCCAAAUAAAAGUUUUUUAUUAAAUUAGUUCCAAAUUUUCAUGGCA